UCGCAUCUAACAUUGUCACUUCCUGUGAUUUAGAGCGGCACGUGAGCGGCCAUGGGAGUGUGCGUAAAUUGGUGGGGUAGGGGCUGCGUUCCGGCUGUAAAGGUGGCGGCUGCAGCAGCAGUUGUUAACGAAGAAUGGUAAUCCUACCGUUUCUUCAAGCGGUCUCUCAGUGAUGCUGGGCGAAGGAAGAAUGGCAGCGGCGGAAGUAGUAGUAGGCAGCAGUAGGCAGCCACACGGCGGCGGCCUCGUUACUGAUGCCCAGGCCCCGUCCUCGGAGCGGGAGCAGCGAGUGCGUGCCUUGAGCGCCUUCUUGAGGACCCACCUCGGGCCUUACGAACCGGUCUUGACAGCUCUACAGGCCACGCUCACCUGGGAGAAGCCAGCAAGGAGCGCCUUUGUCUGGGUUGUUGCUCAUGUAGUUUUCGGGUUUUUUGCCCUGACCUCUCUUCAUCUGAUAUUCUUAGCUGCAUUCACCCUAAUACUAAUAGUAUGUUUAAAUAAGUGGAAGAAUAGAAUCUGGCCUGAAAUAAAAGCAGUAAGACCUGAUCAACUAGACAAUGGAAGCUGGGGCUUUGUCCAUCCUCGACUUUUGAGUGUUCCUGAACUAUGCCACUUUUUGGCCAAAGGAUGCAUCACAGGAGAUAGCUUCAUGAGAAGCCUGCUGAGUUUCAAAACGCAAAAUCCUGGCAAGUUCUGCCUUUUAGCUUGUGGUGUCCUUACAUUUUUGGCUGUCUUAGGACACUACAUCCCUGGUGUCUGUCUUGCCUAUCUUAUAAUGCUUUCUUUCUUAUUGUGGCCACUUGCUGUAUAUCAUAACCUGAGUCAACAUCUCUACACCAAACUACAGCCAGCUCUGCAACGAUUAGACUUCAGUGUUCGUGGUUAUAUGAUGUCCAAACAUAAGGAGAGACAGUCACAUCACCACAUUUGGAGGGAGCAUUCUGGAGUUGAUGAGAGUGACAGUGAAGAAGAACUUGCUGCUUUUUGUCCUAAGUUGGAUGAUGCUGUGGUUGUCAAGCAGCUGACUCUCUCUGACUCUGAGCAUUCUGAUGCAGAAGUGUCUUAUACUGAGAAUGGGACCUUCAAUUUAUCCCGGGGCCAAACACCAUUGACAGAAGGUUCUGAGGACUUUGAUGGCCACAGUGAUCCAGAAGAAUCUUUUGCUCGAGAUCUUCCAGAUUUCCCUUCUAUCAACCCUGAGGUGACAGGCAUAGAUGAUGAGGAUGACACCAGCAUUGGCAUUCCAAGCCUUGCCCCCCAUAACCAGGCCCAGGAACAAAACCAACAGUCUCAUAAACAGGAAGCAGUGACUUCAGAAUUCCUCCUGAGUGAGCUUCCAUUAAUGCAUAAUCUGACAGAUGACUUAGCUGGUUUUGUGACCAGGGGAAUGAUUCAGCUAGCCUUAUCAGGAACUUCCCAGUCUGCUGUGCAUAGCAACAGACAGCAGCGAAGUGCCAAGGCUUUCCUUCGGACCUCCAGCUCAGAGCUGGAUACAGAUGCUGAAGGAGAUGAUUUUGAACUAUUGGAUCAAUCAGAGUUGAAUCAGAUGGAUCCUUCAAAUUCCCGUGGUCAAUAACAAUUAUCUGGCAUUUGUUUUCUGGCUCGUUUGUUUAAUGAACCAGAAUUAGAAGAGCCAGGUGCAGGAAUAAGAUGCUACCAUACAGUUUUCGUGUCUAAUCUGGCUUGGCAAAUUUGGGAAAUUGUAUAAAUUUUAGAACAAAAGACUACUAUCACAGAAUCCCAAGAAUUUGAUUACUGGAUUUCUUGUAACCUAUACCUUUGUACUUUGCCAUAUGUUGCAUUCCUAAUUAAUAGAAAAGAAAAAAAUCCUGCUGCCUGAUUUAUUAAAUCACCCCAGUAUUAGGCUUCAGAUCUUGAGAAACAAGUCAGAAAUUGUCUUGUAUUUAACAAAUUUAAGUUCUUGAGCAAUUCAGGUGAGUAUUUUUCCCAGUUUCUGAUUUAAGAUUUAAAUUUUCAGUACUACUACUGGUAGAAAUAUAUAUACACAGAGACACUGUAUAUGUGUUUGCAUCUAUAUAUACAUAAAGCUCCCAAGACCUUAGAGGUAUUAGAAAUUAUUCCUACUUCUAGCAAAUAUUUGCAUGUAAUGAUUCCAAAUACAUAAUUUAUUUAAAUCCUAAAUAAAGUAUUCUCACACAAAAUAAUAGUAAUAAUACACACAAAGAGAUAUCUAUAAACUUUUGAAUGAAAAUCUCUUACCUUCUCUCCACAAAGAAGUCAUCAAGUCUUUCUAAUUAUAUUGGUUUAAAAUUGGAAUAUUAUAGAUAAAUUACUUAAGAUACCCAGCAAGCAAUCUAUCAUUCUGAUCUAUCCCACUAUUGUUGACAUGCCAUUAUUUCAUGUUGUCUGUAGCUCUCAGAUGGAUUCCUACUUUUUAAAGAAAAAUAUAUUAAGGAAGCUAAUUGAUUUCACUGAAAAAUGAUAAAGAUCAGAAUCCUAAGAACAACUGCUCCAAAUUUUGAAUGCAGUUUUCAAAAUAUAAAAGUGGGCUACACUGUCUCAUGAUAAUUCUUUUAGGAAAAUUCCUUAGGAAUACAAAAUGGGAACAAAAUUACAUCAAGGGGAAAAGAGACAUGUAAUUCUGAGAUAGCAGGAAUGCUCUAUUUAAAGACCAAUUUCAUCAGGCUUAAUAAUAGAAUAGUUGGUAUACUUGGUUGUACUUUUUGCUUUACUGUGAAGGUACAUUCCAUCUAGUAAAACAUCUGCUAAUAUAUCAAUGUUAUAAAUGCUAUGGUACCAGGUCUGUUCAGAAUACUGCUUACCUCUUUCUGUUUUGAGUAAGACCAGCAAAGGAUUUUUUUGCUGCAUUCAUCUUAAAAUAGCUUUGCGGACCUUACAAAAAACAAGCUUUCUUUAAAUAGUUCAUACUGUGAGGAUCUUAUGAGUUAAUUAUUCUGGUGUUUUGUAAUUUCCUAUUCAGAAUUCCAUAUACAAACUAUUUCUAUACUAAACAAUUGGAAUAUUGUACCUUAGAAGCAAUUAUCCUUGAUGCAAAGCCAUCCUGGUGAUUCUCUGAACAAAAGAGACUUGAAUAAGUGCUGUGCUUUUAUAUUUUAAGGGAUUAUUUAGUUUAUUUGAACUUACUACAACUUGUGCAUUUGCAUAUCCAGUUAGAAGGUCUUGCUCCAUAUUUCUAUAGUAGCUAUUCAAUCUGUAUCAUUUUUGCAGGCUCAGUAGUUUUUCCCAACAUACAGCAUUAAAAGACUUUCGUAAAAUACUGCCUAUUGUUUUAUUGGCCAGUAGUACUGUGAUGUUAAUGCUAUAUGACUAAUAGCACAUUCUUGCAGAGAAUAUUUGAAAAGAUAAUACAUUGUAAAUUUAAAACAGCUUGGUUUGGGUAGCAUUUGUGUGGCAAUAUCACAGUAUUUAAUUGACUUUUUGAGUGUUUUUAAAUCAGCCAAUAUUGUAAAAUAUUUAUAGUAAAUGGUCUCUGAAUUUUUUUUUAAAGUAAAUAAAUUUUUGAUUUAAAAUUUAUUAUUUAUCGUAGAAAACAAAAUACAAAACAGUAAAACAAACAAUGAAACAAAAUGGAAAUGGAAAACUGACUACUUUAUUAGAUUUUAUGUGAUGUAGAAUAGGAAAAAGUUUAGUGCAAUAAGACUAUCAAACACUUCUCCAUUGUA